GGAACAACAAAGAAGCUGCGCUGACAGAGCUAAGUUUUUGCCAACCAAUGUUUGAGGUCUGUUCCACCAUACCACACAGUGAUGUUCAGUGAAGUUGUUCACAAUAGAUAGAGAAAUAAUUCUUAUAAUCCUGCAAGUAAGGGGACCACUGAAAGUGAUGAACUGAAUGAAGUUGAGUCAUCAGUGUCAGAAUCUUGUUCUGCUAGAAAUGUCUUCUAGUAGUUUGCAGAAGAGCAAGAUUUACUUUCCAGAAAGAAAGCAAAGAUCAAAAGCAGGCAAGUCCUUGACCUGCCCUCAGUGUGGAAAGUGUUUCAAAUACAAAUGUCGUCUUGAGGACCACAUGAGAACUCACACUGGAGAUUGCCCUUUCGCAUGUCCUCAGUGUGGAAAGAGUUUCAAUCUGAAAGCAACGCUUGAGAUGCACAUGAGAAUUCACACUGGAGAGUCUCGGUACACAUGUCCUCAGUGCGGAAAGAGUUUCACACAGAAAACCCAUCUUAAGGUGCAUAUGAGAAUUCACACUGGAGAGCGCCCAUACUCGUGUCCUCAGUGUGGAAAUGGUUUCAAACGUAAAUCAACGCUUGAGGAGCACAUGAGAAUUCACACUGGAGAGUGUCCAUAUGCAUGUCCUCAGUGUGGAAAGAGUUUUAAACAGGAAAAUAAUCUCAAGGUGCAUAUGAGAAUUCACACUGGAGAGCGCCCAUUUUCAUGUCCUCAGUGUGGAAAGAGUUUCAAACGCAAAUCAACGCUUGAGAACCACAUGAGAAUUCACACUGGAGAGUGUCCAUACGUAUGUCCUCAGUGUGAAAGAAGUUUUAAACAGAAAUCAAAUCUUGAGACACAUAUGAGAUUUCACAAUGGAGAGUGUCCAUACACUUGUCCUCAUUGUGGAAGGAGUUUUACAAACAAAAGUCAUUUUGAGGGCCAUGUGAGAACUCACACUGGAGAGCGUCCGUACACAUGUCUUCAGUGUGGAAAAAGUUUGAAAGAUAAGUCAUCACUUAAGAUGCACAUGAGAAUUCACACUGAAGAGCGCCCAUACAUAUGUUCUGAGUGUGGAAGGAGUUUCAAACACAUAUCAACACGUGAGAGUUUCAAGCACAAACCAAAUCUUGCAGUGCACGAGAAACAUCAGACACCUCUGAACAUUUUAAUGCAAGAAUUACCUUGUGGUAAUUUUGAGGACCACAUGAGAAUGCAUACCAGAAAGCACCAAUACACAUGUUCUCAAUGUGGAAGGAGUUUCAAAACGAAAGGGAAUCUUAACGUGCACAUGAGACUUCACACUGGAGAUCAUCCAUACGCAUGUCCGCAGUGUGGAAAGAGUUUCAGACAAAAGUCAACGCUUGACAGGCACACAGUAAUUCACACUGGAAAGCGUCCAUAUUCAUGUCCUCAGUGUGGAAGGUGUUUCAAACGCAAAUCAACGCUUGAGGACCACAUGGGAAUUCACACUGAAGAGCGGCCAUACGCGUGUCUUGAGUGUGGAGAGAGUUUCAAACGCAAGUCAACGCUUGACAGGCACACGUUAAUUCACAAUGGAAAGCGUCCAUAUUCAUGUUCUCAGUGUGGAAGGUGUUUCAAACGCAAAUCAACGCUUGAGGACCACAUGGGAAUUCACACUGAAGAGCGGCCAUACGCGUGUCCUCAUUGCGGAAAGAGUUUUAAACGCAAAUCAACCGUUAAGAAUCACAUCAGAAUUCACACUGGAGAGCGCCCAUACACAUGUCCGCAAUGUGGAAAGAGUUUUAUACAGAAAUCUAGUUUUGAGGUCCACAUCAGAAUUCACACUGGAGAGCGCCCGUACUCAUGUGCUCAGUGUGGAAAGUCUUGCAGACAGAAAAGUCAUCUUGAGGAGCACAUGAGAAAGUCUGUUCCACCAUACCACACAGUGAUGUUCAGUGAAACCAUGAAUGAAGUUGAGGAGAAACAUCAGUGUCAGACCGCUCAGAAUCUUUUAAUGCUAGAAAUGUCUUCAAGUAGUGGGGAGAAGGACGAGAUUUUCUCAACGAAAAGAAAGCAAAUCACAGAAGAUGGGAAGCCUCUCAUCUGCCCUCAGUGUGGAAAGUGUUUCAAAUACAGAUGUCAUUUUGAGAGCCACACUAGAACUGACACCGGGGUGUGCCCAUACACAUGCCCCCAGUGUGGAAAGAGUUUCAAAGGUAAAUCAAAUAUUAAGGCACAUAUGAGAAUUCAUACUGGAGAGCGCCCAUACGAAUGUUCUCAGUGUGCAAAGAGUUUCAAACACAAAAGUCAGUUUGAGGGACACAUGAGAAUUCACACUGGAGAGAGCCCAUACACAUGUCCUCAGUGUGGAAAGAGUUCCACAAGUAAAUCAAAUCUUGCAGCACAUAUGAGAAUUCACACUGGAGAGCGCCCGUUUGUAUGUCCUCAGUGUGGAAAGAGUUUCAGAAAUAAAUCAAAUCUUGUGAUCCAUACGAGAAUUCACACUGGAGAGCGCCCAUAUGUAUGUCCACAGUGUGGAAAGAGUUUUAAACAAAAAGCAACGCUUGAGGAGCACUUGGUAAUUCACACUGGAGAGUGCCCGUACACAUGUCCUCAGUGUGGAAAGGGUUUUAGACAGAAAAACAAUCUUAAACUGCACUUGAGGAUUCACACUGAAGAGCGCCCAUACACGUGUACUCAGUGUGGAAAGGGUUUCAAACGCAAAGCAACGCUUGAGAUGCACAUCAGAAUUCACACUGGAGAGCGCCCAUACACAUGUCCUCAGUGUGAAAAGAGUUUUAGACUGAAAAUAAAUCUUGAGGAGCACUUGAGAAUUCACACUGGAGAGCGCCCGUACACGUGUCCUCGGUGUGAAAAGAGCUUCAGACGCAAAUCGACAAUUAAUCAGCAUAUGAGAACUCAUGCUGGAGAGCAUCCAUGAACAUAACUCAGUAUGGAAAGAGUUUUCACCUCCAAAUGUAGAUUUUUUUUGUUCAUUUACUCACAGAGAUAAAUACAUUAUUUGUAUAAGUGAUGAUUUUUGGUUCAACCUGUGGUUUUAACCAUAUACAUGUAAAUAGAUAUGGACGUAUAUACUGUACAUAGCCAUAUACAUAUACUUAUAUUAAACACCUUCAUUUUUUUCCCA